UUUUUGUACUCGACUCCUUCCCAUGCCACACACUAUUUAUUACUCCUAUAACCUAAAAAGGCUAAAAACUCUGAAUUUGUCUGUCCUCCUCCAAUGGCCAGUCUCUGCAAAUCCUCCAUUUCUCUCUUUUUGUCAUUGUCAUUGUUACUUGUGAGCUGUGCUAUGGAGGAAGCUGAUAUUCUUCUAACAUUUAAAGAUUCCAUUAAUGACCCUUUUAACCUUCUUUCAAACUGGUCUAAUACCACAGCUGAAUGUGACUGGACUGGUAUAACUUGUACAGCUUCUUCCAUCUCUUCUAUUAACCUCAUAAGUCUAAAUCUUUCAGGUGAAAUCUCACCUUCUAUUUGUCAACUUCCCAAACUUGCUCAUCUUAACCUUGCAAAUAACAUGUUUAACCAGCCUAUACCUCUGCAUCUGUCACAGUGUGCUUCUUUAGAGAGUCUUAAUCUAAGUAACAAUCUCAUUUGGGGCACUAUUCCUGAGCAGAUUUCUCAGUUUAGGUCACUCAAACUUAUGGAUUUAAGUAGAAACCAUAUCCAAGGAAGGAUCCCAAAAGGGAUUGAGUCAUUGAAAGAGCUCCAAGUACUCAACUUAGGAAGCAACUUGCUUUCAGGUGAUGUUCCACCUGUCGUUCUUGGUAAACUCACUCAGCUUAUCCUUGUUGAUUUAUCGCAAAAUCCAUUAAUGGUGAGUGAGAUUCCUGGAGAUAUUGGUAAACUUAAAAAGCUUCAGAAGCUUUUUUUGCAAAGCUCGGGUUUUCAUGGUGAAAUACCACCACACGUGUUUGAGGGUUUAAAAAGUUUGGUCAUUUUGGAUUUAUCACACAACAAUAUCACUGGUACUUUACCUGAACUUGUUUUUUCUUCUCUACCAAACUUGGUUUCUUUUGAUGUUUCACAAAACAAGCUUUCUGGGCCAUUUCCAAAUGGUAUAUGUGAAGCAGCAAAAGGUCUUGUUAAUCUUGGUUUACAUACUAACUUGUUCAAUGGUUCAAUACCUAAUGACUCCAUUAAGCAGUGCAUGAAUCUUGAAAGGUUUCAAGUUCAGGACAACUUGUUCUCUGGGAAUUUUCCGUCAUGGUUGUGGUCAUUGUCCCAAAUGAAGAUCAUCAGAGCCGAAAACAACAGGUUUUCCGGAGAAAUUCCAGAUUCCAUAUCACAAGCUGGUCAGUUAGAGCAAGUUCAAAUUGAUAAUAAUAGCUUUACUAGUAAAAUUCCGCAAGGUCUUGGCUUGAUAAGAAGCUUGUACAGAUUUUCUGCAUCUCUGAAUGGUUUGUACGGUGAGCUUCCUCCAAACUUGUGUGAUUCACCAGUAAUGAGCAUCAUAAAUCUGUCACAUAAUGACCUUUCUGGCACAGUUCCUGAAUUGAAGAAUUGCAAAAAGAUAGUCUCAUUCUCACUGGCUCAUAACAAUUUUAUUGGUGAAAUACCAAAAUCACUUGGUGCACUGCCUGUUUUAACGUAUCUUGAUCUUUCUCACAAUAAUCUCACUGGUCAAAUACCACAAGAACUUCAAAACUUGAAGCUUGCUUUAUUCAAUGUCUCCUUCAAUCGACUAUCAGGUAGAGUUCCAGCUUCAUUGAUUUCUGGCCUUCCUGCUUCAUUUUUGCAAGGAAAUCCUGACCUCUGUGGUCCAGGAUUGUCCAAUUCUUGCUCAGAAGAAAAAACAAGUCCCAAGGGUAUUAAUCUUUCUAAAUUGGAAUCUGUCUUAAUUUCAGUAACCUUUGUUGUUGUGAUUUUGAUAAUUGGUGUUGGAUUUCAUAUGACGCGGUGGUCCAGGGAACGAAGAUCCGAAAUGGAUGGUUGGAGAUCAGUUCUCUUUUACCCGUUGAGAGUUACUGAGAAUGAUUUGAUGAUGGAAAUGUCUGAUAAGAAUGCUAGAGGAAAUGGGGGAAUAUUUGGAAGAGUUUAUACUGUAAACUUACCUAAUGGGGAACUGAUAGCUGUGAAGAAGUUAAUGAACUUCAAAACUCAGUCUUCAAAAUCUAUGAAAGCUGAGAUAAAAACUUUAGCAAAGAUCAGGCAUAAGAACAUCACAAAAAUUCUUGGAUUUUGUCAUUCUAAUGAUGCCAUAUUCUUGAUAUAUGAAUAUCUAGCAAGAGGAAGCCUAGGGGAUCUGAUUGGGAAAUCUGAUUUUCAAUUACCAUGGAGUGUUAGGCUGCGCAUUGCCAUUGGAGUUGCUCAAGGACUCGCGUAUCUUCAUAAAGAUUACCUUCCUCAUUUACUUCAUCGAAACCUGAAAUCAACUAAUAUUCUUCUUGAUGCUGAUCAUGAACCGAAGAUCACAGAUUUUGCUCUAGACCGGAUAGUUGGAGAAGCUGCAUUUAAUUCAUCUUUGGCUUCAGAUGCUGCAUCUUCCUGUUAUUUGGCACCAGAAUAUGGCUACACCAAAAGGGCAAGUGAGCAAACGGAUACAUACAGCUUUGGUGUAAUCCUACUAGAGCUUAUAACAGGCCGCCAAGCUGAGAAGGCAGAAUUUGGUGAGGGCUCUCUUGAUGUGUUAAAGUGGGUAAGAAGGAAAAUCAACAUUACAAAUGGUGCACUUCAAGUUCUUGAUUCCAAAAUUUCAAGUGCUUCUCAACAUGAGAUGCUUGGAGCUCUCGAGAUUGCUCUGCGUUGCACGACUGUAGUGCCUGAGAAACGACCCUCAAUGUUUCAAGUUGUUAGAAUACUGCACUCUCUGGAUUCAAGAUCCAAGUUAACUACUAUAUAUUGAUGAACUAUCCACUUCCAGCUAUAAUUCAGUUCUCCUUUGAACUUUCACCAUCCGUGAUUUUGUCAGAUCUACUUUGAUAUGGGCGUAUCUAGGUGGGUUACCGGGUUCACAUAAACCUAUGUUCCCCUCCCUAGAUCAUAUAGAUCAUAUAUAAUAGUGGUAUUAUUUUCUAAAAUUAUGUAAGUGUAGCUGUGUGAACCAACGCUAGAACUAUUUUCAUAUUAGUGUUGCACCCAUCCUCUCAAUCCCGAAUACGCUUGUAUGCCUGCUUUGAAAUCCUUUAGGAUGUGAUUGGGAAUGCUCUUCUUUUUUCUCA